UAAUAAAAUAUUUACUUUCCGGUUUUACACGAACACAACCGAAGCGGCAAAUAUAAACAAGGAAAAGUUAUACUGAAUCGCUUAUUAUUGCUAUGAUUUCAAUGAAUAAUGUUAAGCAAUAAAAUUCCAAAAACUUUUAAUGAAUUGUUUUGGGUUGACAGAAUCUACAAAUAAAUCAUUCGUUCGUGCGACUGAGUGUUAAUAUUUAUUUUUAAGCGUAGCAAAUAUGGAUGAACAGAAAACUGUUCAAACUCCGAAAGGAUCAUCUAAACUGAGUUCAUCUCUGAAAGAACGUCUGAAGAAAUGUGGACGCUAUUAUUCCCCAGCUGUUUUAAAGAAUGCCAGCAACCCUCUUAAUCAAACCCAGCCUUGUACACCUGAUGCUAAAGCAACAGCAUUUUCAACAAGGUCUUUAAACUGUAUCACUCCAAGUUCUGCAGGUAGCCCUCAACUUAACCAAAGAACUCCUGUAGAAAAUUAUCCCUCAUCAUUGCUACUUACUCCAAACUCAUCCAAAUUCCACAGACAUCAGCUUCAAGAAGCAAGUUCACUUCUAACUCCAGUUUUGCGGAAGAAAAACUUCCAAGGACAGCAGGAUCUGAGAACUCCCAAAGCCAAGCGAAUAUGUUUGGCAUCACCAACUUCAGAGGUUCCUGUUGCUUCUUCUGGACAAGAAGGCCAAUGUCUGGGAGCAACAGGUACAGAUACUAAUAAGGUCUGUGAUAUUUUAGGAGAAGGAAAUGACAAAGCUAAUGAGAAAUUAGCAGUGAAUAGUCUUUUAGUGGACCAUGAAAAAGACGAUAGUCGAAAUGACUCUGAUGACAAGUUGGCUGUGAUAACUGGGAAUUGUGAAAGUUCCAACUUAGAACUCCGAAGGAGGAAAUCUUAUUUAGAGAAAUUACUAAAAGAAAAAAGAGAGCACUUGAGAAAACUUAAUAUGGUGAAACUGUACAGAUCAAAGAAUGAUUUUGCAAACCUUGAUGAUCUUAUUCUGAAGUGGACUCAAGUGUGUCAGCAAGUGCUGGUUGAUCUUCACUCUAAAGUACCAGAACCCAAACCUACUUUGACAGAAUUCAUCAAAUAUUUCAAUAUUGACUUUGAUUUCAUUAAAUUUAAUCCCGAAAAUGAAACAUUCUUGUAGAUAAGAGAAAAAGAGUAUAUGUGUGUGUGUAUGUAUAUACACAUAUACAUAUCAUCAUCAUAAUCAUCAUCAUCUUUACAAUCUAUACACAUGAUGCAACUAGUUGUGUGAAAUGCUAUCUCAAAACGACAGAUGCAAUAUUUUGUAACAAAGAAGAGAAAAUUAGUUUCUUCCUUGUGAUACAUUGACUGAAAUUAAUAUUUAUAAUGAAUUUCGAGGUGGUGAGUGGGUAGAAUCGUUAGCAAGCCUGGCAAAAUGCUUGACAGCAUUUUGUCUGUCUUCAUGUUUUGAGUUCAGAUUCUGCUGCAGUCGACUUUGCCUUUCUUCGUUUCAGGGUUAAAUAAAGUAAGUGCCAGUUGAGCACUAGGGUCAAUGUUAUCGGCUUACCCCCUCCACCAAGAUUGCUGACCUUGUACCAAAAUCAAUAUCUAUGACAAAUUUAAGGUGGCAAGCAGGCAGAAUCAUUAAUAUGCCAGGCAGAAUGCUUAUUGGCAUUUCGUCCAUCUGUACGUUCUGAGUUCAAAUCUCAUUGAGAUCAGCUUUGCAUUUCUUGCUUUUGGGGUCAGUAAAAUAAAUACCAAUUGAGUACUGGGGUUGAUGUAAUUGACUUACCCCCUUCCCUGAAAUUACUGGCUUCGUGCCAAAAUUUGAAAUAAUAUUCAUGACAAAUUCAUCAUCUUUGAUAUGUGUACAAGUUCUCACGUAGUACACUCUGAAUAAACAGUCCUGCAACACUGGCAGUUACUCUCUUCACAUUGACUUGUCUGGUUUAUCCAGUAUCCAGCCUAACAGAGUCAGGGUUAACAAAGGCUUUUUGUGUAUCAUAAAAAAAACCUACAUAUUCUCAUACUCACAUACACACUGCUAGUAAUUUACUUUAAUUUUCAAUAAAGCAACAAUAUUUGUUUAUAAUUUAGUAUUUUAAUUUUUUAUAAUCCAACUUUUUUUUUUUAUUAGCUGUGAUGUGAAUGGAUGGUGCUAAUUACAAAGUAACGAUUUCAAUGAUUACAUAUGAUAAUGAAUGUACGUUGUGUUCAAGGGACAUUACUCUGACAUACAUUAUUUAACUGAAAAGUAGGUUGUGAAGGUAAACCGUAAAACUUCCCACAUUUACUUUUUAUUAUUUUAUAUUGCAUUUUAUAAAACAAUGGCAUUGUUGGCUACAGGUUUCUAGUGGCCUUUCACUGAAGGACAGUGUGCCAGUUAUUGACAUUUAAGGUAAUUACUACACAAAGUAUUUUUGUUGAAAGUACUGAUAUAUUGAUUUUCUUGCUGAUAUUUACAUCUGUUACAACAUAUCAUCAUCAUUGUUUUAACGUCUAUUUUACAUGCUUGCAAGGGUUAGACGGAAUUUUGUUGUGGAAGAUUUUCUACAAGACCUUCCUAUUGCUAACCCUCACCUGUUUUCAAAUAAAGUAAUGUCCCCAUGACCAGACAUGUUUUCUGGGAAGACUGGAAAUGAAGGAUGCUGCUUGUAUGAUUGUGUGCUGUAGAGGCAAGGAAACAGUAACACAUACAUUGGAAAAUACAGGUAUAUCAAAUACUUUACAACAUAAAUUCUUGAUGUGUUAAAAUUAUCUCUGCUGCUAAAAUACUUAUCAUAAUUACCAAAUGUCAAUUAUUGAGAACAGCUCCAUUUAAGAGAGGAAAAUAAUCUCAACAACCAAGUAUUUUCCAGAGUUGACAUGCCAUUAAGGAAAUGGACAGGCUUGGAGAAGGUAGACAGUUAUAGACCUGUUUCUGCCUCAAUAGGUGUCUUUAGCCUGACAGUUGUCUCAAGUAGCCAAAGGACACAGGCAUAUACAAGAGUAAAGUGCAUUUAUGGCUUAGAGAGCGAAAAUAGUUUUCAUUUUAAGAGGGUUAAAAAAAAACAAAUUGCUUAACAGGUUACUAUGUUGUGAUUGUUCAAAAUAAAGCACAAAUGUAAUUAAUUUAAGCACAUUUUGUUAAACAUUUCAAAAAGGAAAAG